UUUCAAGAUGGCGGCGAUCAGAUGCAAGGUACUCUGUAUAAGUAAAAAUAAUCUUUUAAACCCAGAAUUUAGUCAUCUAUUUAGGGAAUAUCGCCUCGUAAUCUCCAGAAUAAACGGUCACUUAUUUGUUUUUCAUUGCGUAAUAGAAGUGCUUACUGUGAUGUGCCUCGUUCUUUAAAGUGUUGCGGCAAAUUAAUGGACCGGUAUUCUUGAGCAGCUCACAUGCUUCCGCUUUAUUCACUUUUUUCAUUAUUUUAGCCGAUUUAAGCUUCCGAUCAGUCUUGCGAUGAAAAAGAGAUCGUAUUUUGUCAGCCCCGGUAAAGAAACUCGACUGUUUCAAUUUGACGGAUUUUUCUUCUAUAUUUUUUGUUAGUCUAGUAAUUUAGUAAAAUAAUUUACACAAAUGUACAUCAUUGCUCGUAGUCGUUGACUUAAAGUGCCUUUUAGUAGUCGUGAUAUGUUCCUAAAAUUUUUUAUGGUUAAUUUUGAGCUGUAUAAAACGAUGAUGUCAAUAUUUUCUAGGUUACACAUAUUCUAUUGGCCGUCGUGUGGACUCUUAUAUGUAAAACCCAGCUUAGCUAUUGUCAACCUAGCACCUCAAAGUCAAUAAUUGCUACACUAGAUGCAAGAUGGGCAUCAACACCUUUACUUCUAGAGGCCAGGUUUGUUAAAAAAUAUACAUUACUGUAGAAUUUUUCUAGCCGUUGGUUUUGACCAUUUUUGUAAUUAUUAACUAUUAUUAUUAUUCAUUCAAAAUAUUUCCCCGAUUGUGAUUGGCUCAAAGCACCCGCAUAAUUCACCAUAACCAGUUACCAAUGACCAAAUUUAGAAGAAUUUUGUGUUUAAUGAGGAAAUGACAGUAAAAAUGCAGCGUUCUUGCAGGUUAAUGCACCGUUAACCGAGUAGACCUGCGGACGAGAUUGAGUUGUUUCGGUUGUGAAAACAAAAAAUGGCGGACAUUUCACUCGUUUCAAGAGUAAGAACUAGGUGAAAUUAUAGCUAAAAACAUGGCAAGAACAGCAAGAACACAAUUCAAAGGGUGACAUCUGCUAUUUGGAGAUUAUUUGCGGAGCUGAACAACCCUAAAUGUACACUAUCGAAGGUGAACUUAACAUCGAUGGAGGUAAGCAUGUUUUAGUUUUGUUUUUAAACUAGGAAUUAUUUUGAAUGAAUAAUAAAACAAUUAUUGAAUUUGGCUUUAGUAUCACAUGAAGAAUUAUGGAGAUCUCGGGGGGUGUUAACACCCUCCUUGAUCUCCAUAAUUCUUCAUAAGAAACUCAGCCUCAUUUAUUAAUUGUUAAUUAAAUGAGGCUGAUGAUCAUCUGAACAAUGAUGGAGAUCUUGGGUGGGUGUUACGGCCUAGGCAGAUAGCAAGCCAAAUUCAAAAAUUGUUUUGUUAUUCAUUCAAAAUAAUUCUUAGUUUAAAAACAAGUUAAAACAUGCUUACCUCCAUCAAUGUUAAGCUCAUCUUCAAUAAUGCAUGAUUAUCAGCAAGUUUAGGAGAUAAAGGGUUUUUCACUUUUGUAAAUAUUCUCCAAAGAGCAGAUGUUGUCCGUCGAGUUGUCUUCUUGCUGUUCUUGCUAUGGUGUCAGCCAACAGUCUGCCUAUUUCUUCCCCGUGAAACAAGUGAAAUGUUCCACCAUUUUGUACUCACUACCAAAACAACUCAACCUUGCCUCCAGGUCUUCUUGGUUAACUGUUCAAUAAUCUGGCUGCACACUUGACAUCAUUUUUCACAUAUCGCAAAAUCAUUUCAAAUUUGGUCGACAAUACCUGGUUAUGAUGAAUUAUUUGUGGGAUUUUAGCCAAUCAGAAAUGGAGAAAUAUUUUGAAUGAAUAAUGAUAAUAGUUAUUGGAACCAAACCUAACUUUCCUUCGCCAGUCAAACACUAUAAUUUUACUCCUGAUUUACCAAACCUCCCACUAAUUUGAACCAAUUUGCUUUUCUUAAAGUGGUUUGAAAAAUCGGGAUUACGGUUAGAUAAAAAACAUUGUGAUACAUAUGUGAUCUCCCAGUUUUGUGAUAUGUUAGUUAAUUUGAUAAACACUGUGAAAGGUUUGAACCCAGGGGUCAUUUCAAAAGGUUGAGUUUGAUCGUCCGGGUGAACGUAGUCCUGAAUAGGACUGUUGUUGUUGACAGUGACUGACGUUUCGACAACCUGUGCGGUAGUCAUCUUCAGAGUCAAAGUGAGUUGUGUCACGUCAGUUGAUGGUAUUAUACUCUGGUUAUUGAUCUGAUUGGUCAAUUACGUCGCAAUGUUAUUGGUCGUCUGUCAGUUAAGCCAUGAUGUUAUUGGCUAUGAAGACUUGUAAUCAGUGAUUGGUGCGUUUCGAUCCGUCUAUUGUCACGGUUAACCAGUCGUCUAUUGUUAGUCAAAUUGUCAGUUCUCCAGUUGUUCUCUCGUAGUUAGUUUUCCUUGAUCUCGUCAAUAAGUCGUUUGUAAGGCGCUGGUGCAAGCCGCCAUGGGGGCUUUUAUUUGGAGGGGCUUAUUCAUGGAGGGGCUUAUUUUUGGAAUUUUAUGGUACAUGUAGCUUGACCCUGUGGUACAAUGUAGUAGUUUGAAGAGGCAGGAAAAGGGGAAAGUAAGGCAUACUAGAGUGUAAUAGUGGGGCAAGGAAAAAGAUUUAGGAUACCAUGCAAGCCAAGCGAAAAAUUGCAAAAAAAAAUAAAAAAUCAAUAAUAAGGAGAAAAAAAAUGAAAUGAAAGCUAAUUGUUGUCAAUGAGUGUUUUUCACAUUAAAAAGGGCAUAACUGUAAAUUAUCCAUAAAGUGAGUGAUAAACCCUAGUCAGUAAAAUGAGCACUUAACCGUAAUCAGUGAAAGUUGACCAAGACUGCAUGAUUGUGCAAAUAUUUCAGCAGCAAAACCUGGCAUACCCAUAGGGAACUAUGAUGCAGAAAACGUUUUUCAUGUAUUUGCAGUUUUAUAAAAUGUUACUUUUUUUCCCAUGGCUCACAUAAAUCGCAUGGCUUGCUGGCUCACAGAUUUUCUAGCACUAGGAAUAAUAGAAAUGAUGCCUUUGAGGACACUAUUGUUUCACCCUUUUUUACUACCAGUUUCUUGUUGAACAAAACAUGAUUGGUUGUCAAUCACAUAAAUUCGGAUGGGCAGAAUUGCAUGCUAAUUUUCAUAUGAGCCAUUCCCAAAUAGCACCCUAACAAGAUCCUUACUGCACGCUGAAGAAAACAUAAACGAUGUGGCAUCAAGAUUAUCUUUUUGCCUUUUAUCUCUUUUUAGCAAGAGAUCUACUUGAUAGUUUAUUCAAUGUUUUAUUUUUUUCAUUUCAGUGAAUAUUUAGCCAGAGAUAGCAAUGAAAAGUUUUGGAAGUUUGUAGAUUUAUCACAGACAGUUUCAUUCAGUCAUGAUUCAGGUAUUUAUGUCAAACAAGCUAUGAUUAUUAAAGGAUGUAAGCACACUUUUGGGUAUAGAAUGGUUCCUCGAAAAAUGUGGGUCUCAGAAAUUUUUGGCUCCAGCUUGAAAUCGUACAAGUGAUUUUAUAGGUCUUGAAAUCUUGUUGUUGGGUAAUGUUGUGUCUCAGAGUCUCAAAUACUUCUUGAGUCUUGUUCUCAAAUUUUGAAACCGGGCUCUCGCAGGCACACAAAGUCUCAAAUUUACCAUUCUAUACCCCUACUUUUAUGAUUUUAACUUUCAGAUGGUAUAAUUCUUUUUUUAAUGCAUAAUAAGGGAUGGUAAAUUAUAGCUGUGCUCCUGCAGCAACCCAGUCAUGGCCACCUGACACUUUUACAGCUUACUUUUGUUCUUAGACAACAAGGAAAUUUUAGAUUAAAUGGAUUGCAUAAAGCCUUUUUGUGGGGCACCUUGAAUCUAAUUACAUUGGUGGCCUUUAGUUUCACUUAUACACAUUAUUCAAGCUUAACAUGCUCUUAUGAGGUUAUUUGUAAUUAACUCUGAAAUGAUGUCUCAUCAUCCACCAAACUUCAAGACCAUAUACCCUUGAUUAUUAUUUUAAAGUAAUUUGGCAUGUCACCAUUUCUUUCAUACAGUGUGUUAUUGAUUUCUGCUAAUCUUAGUGGUAGAUCAUUUUUGUGAUUUAUUUGUCUUUUGCACUGUGUGAAUUUUAAAUAAAGUAACAUAAUGUUUUCAGCAAUAGGUUUAGAUUUGAAACUGAUUUUUUUUUCUCCUCAGAUGAAUAUCAACAUAUUAUAAAAGUUGCUGAAAAGUUACUAGCUCCUUUAGGUUUGGAUUUCUUACAAUUUUCCUUGUCGCUGAGAUAUUACUCUCCAAGGGUGGAAUUAUUUAAUAGGGUGAGUAUAAUAAUACUUGUCAUGGUAUUUCUUAUUAAAGCCCUUUGCAAUUUUGAAAAACCUCUCACUCUACAUCAAUACAUGUAUCUACUGUUUCAAGUCCAGAUGUUAAGAAUAAUCUGUUAAACUGGUUGGUAGAGGAUUAAUGUAUGAUAGUUUAUUAUGCAAAAGUCACACCUGCCCAAUAGUUUGCAUGACUUUGCAGCAUUCAUCCUGACAAGUUAUCAGCAAAGUAUGAUAUCUCACCUUAUAUGGUAGUUUAUUGUAUAGGUCUAUAGGCGACUACCUCUUUACAGACAACUCUGUAAGAUGGACAUCUCACUAAAUUGGACACCUAGAGUUGGUCCCUGCCUUUCUUUACUCCCUUUAGUUGACUCUCUAUAAGACGUUCACCUAGAGUUGGUCCCUGCCUUUCUUUACUCUUUUUAGUUGACUUUCUAUAAGACGGACACCUAGAGUUGGUCCCUGCCUUUCUUUACUCUUUUUAGUUGACUUUCUAUAAGACGGACACCUAGAGUUAGUCCCUGCCUUUCUUUACUCCCUUUAGUUGACUCUCUAUAAGGGGGACACCCAGAGUUGGUCUCUGUCUUUCUUUAGUCCCUUUAGUUGACUCUCAAUAAGAUGGACACCUAGAGUUGGUCCCUGCCUUUCUUUACUCCUUUUAGUUGACUCUAUAUAAGACAGACAUCUCUCUAAGAAGGACACUUAGUGCUGGUUGCAAUUAAGGUGUCCAUCACAGAGAGAGUUGACUUUAAACAUUUCAAACUGGAAAAUGGAGUCUUGAUGACAUUGAAACACUGUUGGAUUUAUCAUUGAUUUUUUAAUUGCCUAUGUGUUAUGAUACCUUAAUUUGCUAUUAACAUUUUGUGUACCAUUUUGGAACAAACAUUUUCUUCUCCAGGGACCCAUUCUUCCAUCUCAUCCACUUUCUUUCUAAUUUGUUGUUUUCAUUAUAUAUUAUCUUUGUGACUUCCAUGAAACUAAUUUUAUCGCCAGUAGGACGGUCUUUGAGACUAUUUUUUAUUAGGUGGGAAUAUUUGCUGUGUUUUGAUUUUUUUUAUAGGUAGCGCACGAAAUUCCAGCACCAGACUGUGAAGCGUUUAUUCAACUUGGCACUCAGACAAUCUGUGAUGUCACAAAGGCAGUGUCUGUUAUCAAGCAAGCAGAAAAUGUGUAUGUCCCACUCAUUAGUGUGCUCAUUACAAAGCCCUAUUUCUGAAAUGACAAAUUGUGCCCAAGUUUGUUACUUACAUGCAAGGUGGCGUACACAGUUAACUCCCUUUAUCAUAAACACUGUAGGGACCUUGAGUUAGUGUCCUCAUUAGUGAGAGCCCAUAAUAGCGGGAGUCCAUUUCAGUCAAAUGUCUAUGUUUGCAUGGGAUUUAGCUGCUGUCCGUUAUAGCGGGGUGUCUGCAAGGUGAGAGUUGAAUGUAAUGGCCAUUUGAAGUCUCUUUAAAGAAAAAACACAUAUAAUCAUGAUUAAAUAAAUGCGAUUGCCCCCUCCCCCUUUCUAAUCCAUUUUAUCGAGAACUCUGAUAUACCAUUAUGUUGUACGCACCAGUAGCCCCCUCAUCCACUUUCCCUUUGGUGGAUUUUCUCUAUUGUGUGACAUGUCAAAGAAAACUGACUUCCCCAUGUACCCAGCCCUCUACAAUUUCAUUGAUCAUUGAAAAUUGAUGUAAGCAAGCUGUUGUCUUUUUUAUUCUUUAUACAGGCCAGUAUCACAAAGCUUUGAAUUUGAUCAUCACUAUCCUAAGUCAGAAAACAAUUCAGUAGCUGUAGUGUUGUACGCAGUGAUUGGAUCUGAGUCAUUUUGGAAAUUUCACCAACAUCUCGAACACUUGGCAAAGUAUGAGAAUGUUCAUUACAUCCUCAGACAUUAUUUACAGGUAAUACUGUAUAAUAACAUUAAUCAUACUGUAAUGGUACUUGAUCAUCAUCAAUAUUUAAUACAUUCAUGUGUCAUGGACUCUCUAAAUCUUGGAUACUUUUAGACUUAUGUCCUAUGAUUUUGGUAUUAGGAACAGUGUAGGUCACUUAAUUGACCCUGAGCCGCAAUGCCUUUUUCUUAAAGCAGUCAACAACAGGUAAAAAGAUGCGACUAUCAGGGUAUGGAGUAGAACUUGCUGUAAAGAAAACAGAAUACAAAGCUGUGGAUGACAGUAAAGUCAAAGAUGACACAGAAGGAAAAGUACAGAAAACAGAUGAAGCAGAUGAAGAUGAAGUUGAAGGUUUCCUUUUUGGGAAGCUGAGGUUUGUAGAUUGAGUGCAUUCAGUACAUAAACUUAAGAUGUCUGACUUAUUAAUUAUCUGACAUGCAAAAAUUUGUUUUUCUGAUCUGAUUUGUUUACUGAGGUUGAUUGGCCACUGCCCUCGGGAAUGAGAAGUUCUCAAUUCCAAGGACAGUGGCCAAUCUAUGGUUCUUGUAAAACAACUCAGUUGUAUUUCAUUCCCCCCUGAUGUAACACCACAGGUUCUUUAGAAACUAACCCUUUCAUCAUCUGAGCUCUGAGUUCAAUAAUGUUAUUUCUACUUGUGUUUUAUGUUGGCUAUUAUCUGUUUAGAAAGAGCUACUCUCUGUUCCUGGGGAGGUACAUGUAGAUACUGUAAUUUUAACCCAGCAUAAGACUAGCUUAUCCAUAUAAUGUUCUAUGUGACUGCUCCUUGGUGGUUUAUAUCUCUGGAUUUUUUUCUGGAUCAACAUUACAAUUUUUGCUUUUGGUUUCAAUUUCAGGAAACUUUAUCCAGGUCUGAAAGAGAACUUAGAGCAGUUCAGGAAACACCUAAAGGAAGGUUCACAAGAAAUGGCUGCUUUAAAAGUGUGGCAGUUACAAGGUAUUUACUGUGAACUUUGCAUAGAGUUACUCUGCCGCCUGUACUUGUGUCAAGUUGUUAGUUAUAUGCUGUGCAAUUUUUUGCCAGUUAAUUUGUCUUAGUACCUGUUUCUCCAUCAUUAUUUUUAUAAUUGUGUGCUAUGUGGCUGUGUAAUAUUAGUUUUAGUGCUGUCCAGUAUUUUUUUAAUUCUUCAAUUAAGCGUAAAUUAAAAAGAAGCCCACAUGUGUGAAUUCAUUGUGACCAAUGUCCAACACACUGCUGUACAAUGUAUGUCCUGACCUCCGAAUCGUAACUUCAGUUUCAGGUUUGUAGAUAUCGCAGUAAUAACUCAUCUGUUCGGGGACAGCAUUUUAAUACAUGUAUAGAUGGCCAUCUUCAUCUUCAGACUGUUCUAUUUUCCCCUUUAAAUGCAACCAGGAGCGAAUGAUGAACUAAUUAUACCAGUACACUUGUGUAGGUUUAGUUCCACUGUUCCUCUCCAUACCAUGAGACUGUAGUGAGAUCACAUGGUGAUACUCCAGUCAACUGCAAAUACAAAAACAAAUCCAAUACUCCUCAUUGGCUAUCUAACAUCUCGUCUGUAAGCUGAAAUGAGUGGGGUUUUUUUUGCAGAUUUGAGCUUCCAAGCAGCCCAGCGGGUCAUGUCAUCUGAUCCACAAGGAGCAUUAAAAGUACUUAGAGAUAUCAGUCAGAAUCUGCCCAUGCAAACAAGGUUUGUAACCUUUGAUUGAUGUGUGUUAUUUUUGUGGUGAAAGGGUUACUGGGUAUGUACCAUGUGCUGCUAGAUUUUCUUUUAGAAGGUGUGCAACAUCUACAUUACUGUUGAAAUGUUGUGUGUUUCAAUACUGGCAUUACAUCUUACAGACUUGUUUAAAACCUGGUUGACUUAGAGGUCAAAUUCAAAUUUUAAAAUUAGAAAUGUUCUAUUACAGUGGUCAGGGAACGAGUUGCUCACAAACUGGGAUUUUACAACCUUCUUGUGAAAAUAAAUCUUCAAAUAAAUGGUUCAUUCUGGCUUCUUAUUAUGAAUGGGGGUUAUAUUUUUAAACUUCUAUUCCAUCCACAAAACAAAUGUUGUUGUCAUAGCUUUUUAGAGCACUCAUGUCUGUGUUUGUGCUUUAGAUCUCUCGUUAAGACAAAGGUCAAGGAGGAAAUGAGAAAAGAGAUUCAGUUGAAUCAAAAGGUACAACAUUUAACACAGGCACAUUAAAACUUUUAGCUUACUACUUCUAGUGUGUCAAUUUGUGAAAUACGCAUCUAAUCAUUCCUUCUCCAAUGUAGCUGUAAAUAAUCACCUAAUUGAUACAUGUGGUUUUGGUAAUCUCUUAGUAAUAAUAUAUUCACUAAACCAUUUCUUUAAAGAUACAUUUGAUUAAAGCUGUACUUUUCCUAUUUUCCCAAUUCUGAUUCUUCUUGCAGCAUUUUGCUCACCUGGGAAUUGAUGCAGGAGACAGUGCUUUGCUGAUCAAUGGACUUUUAGUUCCCGUUGAUGAUCUAAAUCCAUUUCAGUAAGUUUGUUUCAAAUUGUAAAACGCAAUGUAAGUUCACAGUUCUUGGUUUUUGUGGCAAGUAUGCAAUAAUUAUGCACAAUUGGCCCCAUGGAAUAGCGAUGAUGUAAUGGGUAUAACUCUCACUAUAACUCUCCCGCAAAAGCUUGUGUGAUUGAAUUGAGUUAAAACAGAGCACUACUAGAGAGAGGGGAGGUUAAAAUGAGUGAACCAUCAAUAAUAAGUGAAUAUGUAGCACUCAAGGUGCCAAAAGAUGUUUGGAUCAACGGAGUUGAGAAUUAUUUUGUCAUCUUAACUACAUGUAUUAUAUAUUUAGGCUUUAACUGAAACGCGAAUGUAUGACUAUGACUGUAUCCAUACCUGCAAGUUUAUCAAACUCUACUGUUCCCCAGACUUUUAGACUUGCUACGUGAUGAAGCACUUGCAAUUGACAGACUUGCUUCUGUUGGAAUCAAGGUAAUAGUUUUCAAAAAAAAUAGUAAUAUUGUGUAUAGCAAUUCUCUGUCUAUGUCCCCGGGUCUCAGUCACUCCUAAAGGCCUGUGUGUUAGCAUACAUAACACAUACAUGUAUGGAAAGGUACAUAUGUAUGUAGGUAGCUGACAAACUAGUAUAAUCUGUUAAGUAGCCUUUAUGAGUGUUGCAGUAACUUAGAGAAAUGAUUCAUGGGACUACAGAAAAAGCAGAGUUUUGUUUCCAUGGAUCCUUGUUCUAGCUUUCUGCAAUUCCUUAACCUGAUUUAUGGGAAUAUCCAGUGUGCUUUCCACUAGAAAACUAAAGAAGGCUCAUUGUGUAUGAUUGUUUUUUUUUUCUUUCUGUUAUUUUAGGGGGACGCCCUUAGCAAGCUUGUGUCCCUUUCAACUCAACCAGAACAUGAGUCUUUUGUUUUAGAUGCCAGGCAUGACUCUAUUGUGGUAAGUUAUCUUUCUCUGGCCUUUUGGACUGAAUCAUGCAAACGAUCUUUUCCCACUGUACAAGUAAGGUAUCAAGUUGUUUAUAACGUUAAAACUGGUGACAUCACAAAAUAAUGGUAGAAGGGACAAGCAUCUGCAUGUGUGUUCCUUGUUUUAAGCAAAAACAAGCUACACACAGUCAUGCAACUUGAUAGAAUCAAGAAAUCAGCUUUUAGUCUACCUCAAGUUUGCUUUGCCAUAUCAAAACAAAAAAUAUCAACUUCAACUGGUGUGGCGGGCUUAUAAGGAAAUAUCACCUUUGACAAAAUUAGGGCACAAAAACCACUCUUCCUUUCCUCCGCACUUUAUUAUUUUUCUGAGGUUAGUCAGUCCUACCUACAGCUUCGUCUAGGGAGAAAGUUCCAAAAAAAGAAUGUAUAUUGAUAACAUAGGGUGCGAGAAGUCCACGGACUACCACACAACUGAAAUGACAUUUUCAUGUAUAUUUCAAAAGAACGUUUUGGCUGGCCAGAGUAACCGUCAAGCAUCCUGUUUAAGAUCAGCGUUACAUCUGCAAGCCGAAGAAGGCAGGUCAGGUCAACCGAAAUAUUGUUUUGAAAUACAUGUGCAUCAGCGUACUGUAACAGCUUUGCAGUAUUCUUUGGGCUUCUUGUAUUUUCUUAUAACAGUCUGCAGUUUAUUUCAAUCAUAUAUUUUUACUUAAACGCCUCUUGUAUGUAACAUGAAUUAUGUCUUAUUUAGUUACUGUUGUUUUCAGUUUAUUAAUGACCUUGAAAAAGAUCGACAGUAUUGGGGCUGGCCCUCUGAACUACAAGAGGUAGGUGAACGCAGUUAUGUAGUACAAUGGAACCUCGAUAUAACGAAGUGCCAAGGGACUGGCAAAAUGUGUUCGCUAUAUCGAGGUUUCGUUAUAUCGAGGUUCUUUUUCAUAUGUUUUACUAUGACUGGGGUAAUGAAAAUCGUUCGUUAUACCGAGGACUUCGUUAUAUAAAGGUUUUUUAUAUCGAGGUUCCACUGUAGUCUGUACAUAACAGUUAGGAUGUCUGUUGUCAGCUUGUUCCUGGUUGAAUGUCAUUUGCCUACUCUUCAGGUGACCACCUGCCUAGUACACGUACGGUGUCUUCCCAGUCCUUCAUUUAUCUCGCUCGGAACACGUGACCCAAAACGCAUCGGCCGCGCCGAAAAAUGAAACCUAGGGGUGAGACAAAAAGUCGUCUCCCCCCAAAACCAGAAUUAUGUUGCCCGAAAUUUUAACAUGCUGAACAACAUCCCAACAUCCUAUUACACAUUUCUCGCGCUCAUUACCUCUCAUCAUGGCUUAGAGAAAGAGAUAUAUCACAUACACUACUUUAUUCCACUUUUUCUCUGUGUAUUACAACUGAUAAACUUUUGGGCGACAUAACUCUGGUUUUGGGCAACAUUACUUCGGGCGAGAAUUGACUGGUUACCCUUGUUCAUUCUAGGUACUGUUAUUUUUUAGGAUCAUUAAUUUGCAGUCCGGGGUGUAAAUUUUUGAAGCUGUGCACCCUGAAUUGUAACCACUUCAGUGAUGUACUUAGCUUGAAAGUAAUGUUUCAAUUGUCUGCUGAUGAUUAAAAGAUUGAGAACACAGGUUUUGAAAAAACUAAACAUUUUCUAGUGAUGUAGUUUACUUAGACAGUUUGAUGGUAUAUGUGGAUACAAAGGUUUUUCACGAUCGUUGGUUUUUGCGUUUGGAGUGUUCAGUGAUAAUAUAAUAGUAUGCUUUAAUCUCUGAUUCCAGAUAUUACGACCAACAUUUCCUGGAAUGAUGCGUUACAUUGCGAAGAACAUAUUUAAUCUGGUAAAUCCAUCUUUUUUGUUUGACAUAACCAAGUAAAAACUUGAAGGAAAACCAACGUUUUGCCGUCACGCCAUCGUCAAGGCAUUAAACAGCAUGGGAUGUAAAAUUUACUUUGAUAUUUCGAGUCUGAUUGCUAGUUGCCAAUUGACCCUCAUUUGUUCUAAUAUAGAUAGCGCUAUUUACCGGACAAAUGACGAUCCAGCGGAUAAGUAUUAGAAAAAAAUCAAUGGCGCUAGAUUGCGCUGGAUUGAGAUUCAUCCACUGGGUAGCGUUAUUCACCUUUUCAACAACUGGGUCUUGGUCUUAAUUGUCGUAUUAAUGUUGGAUUUACUGACUAAACAGUCAACUUCGUAAUCAUCUUGAUUACGCAUCUGCUAAGAAUGCAGGAAGUAAUCAGGGACCUUACCUGGAUAUUUUAUAUACAGUGUGACAGGACUCUUGUUGGACCUCUAAGUGGAAGUGUCUAAGCUGUAUAACCCAACCUGUGAUAUACCGCGGUAUCAUGGGAAAAGCGCUGCGGCGCCUCCUUACAUUGUUCGACAAGUACAAUUGUCUGUGCAAUUGGGGGAUGGCCCUUCUGAUUUUGGAAUGACGCACUACUACGCAGUAUCUCUUUUUCUUUGUUGAUUUAAGAAUAAUAACAGCCAAGGAAAAACGUAACAAAUGUUAGUUUUAUAACAGUACACAUUACGCAAUGUAAAAAAGUAAAAAAAAAGAAGAAAACAUUUGCAAUAAUUGUCGCAUUGUUGUUGACAGGGUGCAGUGUACUGAUUCGGGAUAGCGCCCUGUCGAGUAGAUACGUUACAUGUAUUCCACAUUACAGAUCUGCAUUAGGCACACAGGUCACAUUGAGUACUAUACACAACACUUUGUCAGUUGAUUAUUUAUGGUUCGUCUCAUUUAAAUCUCACAAAACAGGUCUAGUAGUUAUCUGUUCUUUCAUGCUUAGGUCCUUAAGUUACUUCCUAAAACUUCCACCGACGCUUGAUAAUCGAAAAUGCAGAACUUUAAAUGAACGUUCUCUCUUGUUUCGUUAGGCGUUGGCAAAGGGCUGGUUCAGCAGAAAAUGUUGUUGUUGGUGUUUUUCUACUUUUGGUCAAAUGCAAAAGACAAAAUACGUUACACUGCUUAAUAUUAAAACUGUUGUAAAUUAUUGAUUAUAUACUGGAAGUUGUGUUACCGAGCGAGCAGAGGUUUCUCUCUUGCAUGGUUUUUAGCGUUUACGAAGUUCGUAGCGUCGCUUGUCAGUCGCCUAGUUGGUGGCAAGUGACGAGAACGACUUUCUAAAAACUAAAAGCCAUGCAAGAGAGAAACCCGGCUCUGCUCGCAGAGUAGUUUAGUGCUUGUCAGUAAGAGAUAAUCAGAAGCAACGGAAUGAAUAUACAUGUAGAGUGCUAGUCAACAGUUUUUAAAUAAGACAGGGUUUCUUUGUUAAAAUGUGUGACUAUAGUAUUAGUAAAAGAAAUCAAUGUUUGACGUGUGUAUUUAGUUCGUUAUUUAACGCAUUACAUUUUCUCUAGUCUUUUUUCUACUCAUACACCUUGUCCGUAACUGUGCUCACAUCGUGGGUUCCUCCUCCUAAAAUGGUUUACAAAUAUAUGUAGUAGAGAAUUUAAUGUAGCCGAAACUCAGUUGUGGAAUUGCACACAUUUAUGCAUGCUGCCAAUGAGCAGUUACGAUAUACAGAUAUUUCAAGCGACAACAAUUUGCUGUCUGUCCCCUUUGAAUUGGUUGUCGUAAACUUUCUUUAAAGGUUUUCUUUGUCAAUCCAGUGGACUCCAAGAGCAUUGAGCUUCUUAAGGUUGCUAAUGAGCUUCUUCAUAAUUCAUUUCCAGUUAGGUAUGUAUUAGUUAAAACUUUACACACAAAGCAUGGUGUCGGUUUUUUUUUAGGGUUUUCGUUCUUUCUGUCAUCUUUGUCAUCAACAGGGUUGUAUAUUGUACAUUGAAAAUAAAUUAUACGUUAUAGUGCGUCAAUGGGAGAUAUACCCAGUAAAGCUUUUGGUUGGGGUAUACAAAUCAAAGUUUGGUUGGAACUGUUGUAAGGGUUCCAUGUUCCUGGAACGUUAUUAUGAGCACUUCACCACCUCAAAAUAUUUUUCGAGCACCUUGUUGAAAAUAAAUUAUUGGAGGCGAAUCACAAGAACCACUCACGCACAAGCGGCAAGCAGAGUAAGCCCGAGGCGUUUAAGAGCCUUGUCUGUGACCCUUCAUGCUCGUAAUUUUUAAAAGAUAACUUACUUCCCCCUCGGGUAUAGAUUAAGAACUAAUUAAACCACAGUCAUCACUUAAUCUUACGCCAUGAAUAACUGUUAUGAGAGAAGAUAUAAACUUUUGCGAAAGGAAGUGAAACAAGCUGAAAUUACUGUAUUUUGAGUCCGUGCAUUCUUCUAUGCUGCAGGUUUGGAUUAUGCUUGGUUGCUGAUGUUCCAGUGGGUGUUGAUGCCAAAACGGAUGCCGCUGUAGGGAUCACACGAGCAUUCAGCUUCAUUGUUGCCGACAAAGAUCCACGGCAGGCAUUUGAUUGGCUGUUGCAGGUUAGUUUGUAUACAGACGCAUGGGUCCUCCGGUUAUUAAAGCAAGGUUCAGCUAAUGCAGGUCUCGUCUGUUGUUUCAAGUAGCGUGUCUUGCCGGAAAUGAAAAUGCUUAAUGAAAUCGCCAAAAGCGUGCAGGAAACAUUCUUAAUUAUCUUGAUAGUUUCUCUGGUUACCUAUCCUGUUGUUUUGCCUAAGAGCAAGGUCCUGUUUUCCUAGUCUUAAUUAAGAGUUUAAGAUAACGAGCAAGGAUUUCUGGAAUGAGAGAAGUAAUAUAAUGGGGAACAGAUGUAUUUUUAAGAUAGCAUAUCGUAAACGUCCUUUUAUGAGCCUUGGGUUUAUACAACUUCGUAAGGGUUUUUUCGGAGGGCUUAUGACCGAACCAAAAAAGCGUUUCAAAACAAGCUUCAACUCAGUGCUGAUCAAAAUACGUUUUGAAUUUACUCGCUUUCAAACGUUUAGCUUGAGGUCUACUGAGGUUGUCGCCAACAAACUAGGUAGCUGUUUUUCCUUGUCUUGUUAUCAGCUUUAUGACAGGUUACCUGAGGGUGAAUCCCCAUCUGCCGAAAAGGUGAUGGAUUCAUUUUCGUCUUGGUACAGUAAAGAUGAAACAGAAGAAGUGUUUGGUGAAGACACAGAAUACGAUGAAUAUAGAAAGGUACAGUCAAAUCCACACACACGACAUGCCCUGUACACCUCAUUUAAAUGCGCACAUCAGUGAGACCAGGAACCUAAUUUAAUACCCUCUGAUACCCUGCUGCCCAACUAGUAUCCGAGAGGUUUUCUGGCUUCAUAUCAUUUUUUUGUUUCUCGUACGAUUUCAAAAUCUUAAACGUUUCAUUUACCAUCGUUGUUUUAUUCUCCACCCUACCGAAAAAAACAACACCCCGUUAUAGAAUAAGAGCUUUUUUAACAGACACUACAUUAACAAACAGUCUACAGACUAACAUACAUACUUGUUUUCCCCGAUUUAAAAACACUCAACGCAGGCACCUUACUAGCUGACUCGUCCCCAGUCGUCACUCAAAACCUCUCUCUAGUGACGCGCGGGGUGUGAUGGGAAGGAGGAAAGCGCGAGAGAGUCUUCCUCACCUCUGUCUUGCCAUCGCCCCCUGCUCCCGCCGUGCGCGUUAUCCGCGACGACGACUGGGGACGAGUCAGCCCUAGUAGUACAAUAAACAGACUUUUCAACCUUUUUUUUUUCAAACGUUAACUGUAAUGUUUAUAUGGGUGUCAAGUAGUAAACUCACUCGCUCAUUUUCGCCUAAUUAUGCUUUUGAAAAUGUACACAUUAUGAUUAAUUUUCUUGUUACAACACAGUACAGUUCGUAACUGGGUUUCCUUGUGUCUUAUUCAGCCUUUCCAAAGGAAUUAUUGACUCACUUCUGUUUCACUAAUAACGCUAUCAUUGCUAGUUAAAGUGAAGCCGGCUUAAUAUCUCUUAUCUAUCUUUUAGUCCUCACAGCGUUUCUUUGGCAAAACUGGACUUCAUAAAUUGCCACAAGUGAUCCUUAACGGAGUACAGAUUGAUGAAGAAGAGGUAUGAGCAGGAAACAAAGAUGAUUUUUCUUUUGAAAACUAUGAUGUUUCUUAUUUUUAAGAGGGCCCACAUGUAAACCUUACAUUGAUGGAUGUGGUCUCCCCCUGACACAUGGUUCUCUGUUGCAGUGAUUAAACAACGGUGUAUCAGACAGCGGACACGCUAUAUAUGUUAGUCAGUAAUCUUUGAAAAGUAUUUUCUUACUAUAUUUAUAUUUAUGUAUAUUAAUUAUUAAACUUUCCUUUGUAUUCGUAUUUUCUACAAUAGCUGUUAAUUUGCUGAUAAAUCCCUCGAAAUGGAGUUGCAGCUGUAAGACAGUUACUCUGUUUUUCCAUUUACUCAAUGUUCUUCUCUCGGUUCAUUAGUUUGACAGCAUAGAUGAAGCAAUUAUUCGUGAAGUGAUGAUGCAGACGGGCCCCAUACAGCAUGCAGUGUUUUCGGUAUGAAAUCUAUGAAAGUACCGGUAAUUAAUCUGCUGUUUUUUCAUUGUCAGUGCCUUAUAUGAGCCAACCUCAGCACUAGUUUUUAGUUUCGUUACAAUAACUGAGCACUACAAUCUUUGGUCUAUUUGUUGUUGUUUUAAACUCCUGGGCCCAGUUGUUCGAAGGCCGAUUAGCGCUUAACCCGGAGUUAAAUUUAACCGGGGUUUCUUUUUCUUGUGUUCUAAAGCAUUUUCUCCGAUAAUUUUCUCUGUUAUUUUUAGAGCUUCCAAUCAUCAUCUUGAACACAAAAAGAAAUGAAACUGAAAUGCUUUUUAAGCUUUCAAAUCUUAAUUCAAAUCUCGCACUAACCCUGGGUUAUCUUAACCCAGCUUUGAACAACUCGGCCCUGCUUAAUAUGAAUGUUUGUUGUUUAGGGCGCUGUAUACCGCUAUUCCAGUGUAUAUGAGUAUCUAAUGAGUCAACCUAAUGUGGUUCCCAGAGUAAAUGCAAUGGUUCAGUCCAUGGAAAGACCAUACAUUGACUUAACAGCAGCAGCCAGGCAACACACAUCAGGUACCGCCAUGAGUCUCACAAUUCUAAACAACAUAUUCGCCGUAGCUUCUUUUGAAAUUCCGUAUCCGUGAAAUGGGUUUGACAAUUGACUGCCAUUGGAGUGAUUUUUCAGUAUAUUCUAGUAUGGUAACCUUCUCUGAAGUUGACGCAAAGAUAUUGUAAUUGGUACGUGGACGGUAGAGAUGAUUUUCACACUUUAACCUUACUGCUAAUUGAGUGCUAUUUCAUUUGCUAAGUUGUACAGCAGUAUUAAAGUACAAGUUAAUUAUGGUCCUCGUAAACCAAGAUGGUUAAAUUUUUUCACUCUAGAAACUCAACUGUGAAUGACGUAAUGGCAAAUCGUAAUAUACCGUAAAUUCUCUAUAAGCCCUGCCUCUCAAUUUACCCUCCCUGUCCAUUAAAGGCCCCCCUCGAACGUGCUUGAAAUGAAUAAGCCCCUCGGAGGCUUAUUAGAGGAUAUAGGUAGUUUAGACCAAUAAAUAUAACGUUUUUUGGUUUCCUUUUUUUUAGAUGUAGAUAUCAAUAACCCAGAAGAAUUUACUAAGCUUGACAACGCCAAUAUGGUUUCUGUAGUUGAAAAAGACUUGAAAUACUUCACUAAACAAGGAGGUAAACACGCAUUGCAACUCAAAAAUGAAACCAGACACUAAACUUGUCAGAAUGCUCUGUUUUAUCGUUAUUCUGCACACUGAACCUUUCAUGCAUUUUUCCUCAUUCAUAGUUUUGUUGGCCUAUCCCCGGUUCAUCUUAUUGUUCUCUUAGGACGCUCAGCUUUCCAUUGUUCAACGGUAUCUACGUCAUUUUUCCCGAAUAUCCUACAGCUGACUCUGUGACUAAAAGGAUAAUGAAUCAGCCUCAUUCUUAUUCAGUCAUUUAUAGGAGUCAAGAUGCUCCUUUGGCCUUUACUCUGACUUUUAAACUGUUUGAUUUGUUUUUUUCAGAGGAGCUGAGUUUGAAGCCGGUAACUAAUUGGGUUAUUGCUGAUUUGUCCAUUAAAGAAGGAAGAGCCCUUGUCAUGGCCGCGCUUAAACAAAUGGUAACUAUGAGCGUAUGUAAUAACAGACUUGAGGUUGCUAGCCUGGGACCAGGCUCCGCAGACUACCUCUCGGCUCAGUUCGCUCGCCGAUAUUUUUUUCCUCCAAUGCGGGGCCUGGGCCCGUUUCUCGAAAGUCCCGAUAAUUAACGGGCCCGUUAAGCUGUUGUUGUAAUGUUUACAUGCAAGAUAGAGGUUUCAAUAGUUUUGCAUCUAACGUGAUAAAACUAUCAGUUAAUGAAACAAAAUGGAGUAGUUUGCAAGCCAGGACCUGCGCUCAUAUUCUUUAUAUUUCGAUUUGAAUAUUUGAUUUCGGACCCGAAAAGUUAGUGGGAUUUGCAUGUUAUUAAGCUUCUUUUUUUGAUUUGAAUUUGUUUUCUGAUUACUUCAUAUUAACAUUACAACAAUGUUUUGACGCGAUAUUAAUCUUUAAAAGGGCUAUGUCAUCACGCUACUUGCUAUCUUUUUGAAAAGCUUAAACAUGUCUUCGCAUUUAUUGAAAUCCAAAAAUAUUGGUCCAGUAUAUUUAGCCGGCAUCGAAACUCUAUCCUGUUGUCUGUUGCUCCGGAUGGCAAGGGUGGACAUGGACAGAAACUUGACCCAAUUUUUCAACCUUUAAUGCUUUGUUUGCAAAAAUCACCAAAAAUAUUUGGUUAGUGUUCUCGGACGAAAUUUGUGUGAUAUCUUUUUAUUAACUCUACAGGUACGUGCUGUGUAUGAAGAAAGGCAUGAAGUAAUUAUUUAAACAUAGAAUUGACCUAAAACUGCAAUAUCUUGGAGACGCGCGGUAGCCCCUUUACACUAACCUUAGAACAAGAUUGAGUCGUCAAAAAUUAUCCGAACAGUCCACUUAUGGAUGUUGGUUAUUAAAGUUAAAAUAAGGAAGAGGAAGCUAAGAACCCUUGAAGCUUUUUGGUUGAGCUUUUUUUUCUCAUUAAUUGCAGAAAUCUUCUUCAAGUACAAGAGUCGGACUAAUCCACAAUCCAGUAAUAAACCAAACAGAUAAUAGCCAACAAGAGCUGCUGGAGUUGGCCAGAACCGUAGAGGCUGUGUUAGCUUCAAAGUCGCAUGUGACUCCAGCCAUGUUAACAUUUAUGGAGAGCUUGCUGGCAGAAGACAAUGACUUUGACAAACUGUCUACAGUUACCAAGGCAAUGGUGGAACUCCUGACAAAGAUCUCGGUUUGUUAAGAUUCUUUGCUACGUCUAUCAAUUUUUGUUUUGUUUUAAGGUGGCUCGACUGGAUUUUUUGGGGCUGAUACCACCCAAGUUUGAGCAUUAACAACGUCGGCAUGAGUAAAGAUAUGGAAAAAAGGUUACCAUAACUGUAUUAUAUAAAUAUGAAAAUUUCUUAUGACCUGGGUUUCAUUACAAUCGGAGUCUCCAUGGCAACGUAAUGACGCCAUUACGUUUUUCAUUUAUCGUCGUGUUUCUCUGUACCAGUAGUUUUUUGAAGAAAUCGCUUAAGGGAGUAUGUACCUGCCAUAAUUGCCUCCAUUAUGGCAAAGUUUGAAGAAUGAGUUGUGCACGUGCACAACUAGCAAAAGAUAUAAAUUUGCAUCAAAAAGAACUCUCGAUUACUUUCCGAAGAAAUAUCCGGAAUAUGCUAAUAUUUGGCUUGUCCUCACAGAUAGCAGUGAGAGCCGAAACGGUGAACGUCACGGCUCAUCGUGUAGGAUGCAAUACAUGAUUAUCUUGCUCGGGUUAUAACAUCACAGAAACUCUCACAAAGACUUGCUCUGAUAUUAUAUAAUGUAUCACUAAUCUCUUUACCCGGUAAUUAGCAUAUCCCGGAGAUUUAACCGAGGGUCCUUUUUGAUGCAAAUUCUAUCUUUUUGCUAAAUGUGCACGUGUAUAUGAAACUUGAAAACAAUGCCAGUGAAUAAUGAGGACGCUCGCUUGUAAACACAAAAUCUGAGGGGAAAAUUGGCUAUAUUUGAGGCCCUAUUUAAAAGUCUUCCCCGUUUUCAAUAUUCUUAAAACUUGCAGGGAAUAUUUCUUAACGAUUGAUCUCCGGAUUGUCGAAUUUGUAAAAAAAUUUAUCGAGCGGUUUUUGGAAAAAUGCGACAUUUUUAGGCAUGGACCAAAUUAUCUCCAAAAACUGUAUCAAAAGCAUCUGAAUGCAAGUUAAGAAAAUCCUUCUUACUCGCCAUCGCCCAGAGCAAUUCCCCUCUUUUUUUUGUAGGAAGUUUACAAUGGAAUCAAACCACUAUGAGAUGAAACCGCGUUCCCAAAGCUUAUCAUUUUCUUAAAAUAUUAGCGAAUUGUGCGGCUAGCAUGCUAUUUCACUGUUUUUAUGAUUCUUAAAACUGCAUUUCAAAAUAUUUCGAAAACGCUCUCAUAGAAUUUCUUCAAACUUUGCCAUAAUGGAGGCAAUUAUGGCAGGUACAUACUCCCUUAAGCGAUUUCCUCAAAAAACUCCUGGUACAGAGAAACACAACGAUAAAUGAAAAACGUAAUGCCGUCAUGAUGUUGCCAUGGCGACUCCGAUUGCAAUAAAACCCAGAUCAUAAGAAAAAUUUCAUCUUUAUAUAAUACAGUUGUUGUAACCUUUUUUCCAUAUCUUUACUCAUGCCGACGUAGUUAAUGCUCAAACUUGGGAGGUACCCCCCUCAAAAAAUCCAGUCGAGCCACCUUGAACGAAGGGUCCUUCACCUUGUGUUUCAUCGGUCCAAAAUAUGGUAAUACUAAAUGAGCGAACUACGUACCUCAUGAAAUUAAGGUUAAGGAGGAGCUUGGCGAAAGGGGAAUUCGUUUCCAAAUAGUGGCCACAUACAUGUAGGUGGUCAUUGAUUUUACGAUUUGGCCUGAAGUCAUUUUCGAUAAAACAAAGGAACAGAAAGGCCCAGAGAGCGAUACACUUUGACAUGUACCAUUUUCGUUCGCUGAUGGUUUCCACAAACCAAAGAUAGGUCGUCGGAAGCACCGCGAUUUGUCGACAGUUGCUUCACAACAAGAAGCACGUACUUUAAAUCUGUGUCAGGAAAGGAGUUUUCAAGGUUUCAUUAUUUACCAACCGGACAACAGCACCACCGCAGGGAUGUGUUAGCUUGUUUUUCUUUAUUUAUGCCCAUAAAACUCAUGACUGCGGAUUAAUGAUGAUGACAAAUGAGGAGUAACCACCAGACAAACUGGUGGAAGUAGAGUAGACUUGGGUUUAUUUUUAGUUACCUUUUAUGAUGUUGUUUUUGCUUACGUACGUUGUUGUGGUUAGUUAAAUACUUGUAUCAGUCAUCCAAGGGAGUUAUCGCUUUUUUCUCAGUCCAGGACAGUGUUACAUCACCUCUUUAAUGCAUACUAUCUAAACCAUAUUUAGGGUCUGAAAGUAGAAACAAUUAAGGCCAAGCUGAUGGGCACGAAUCUCUUCAAAGGGAAGUUGUUUUCUCAUCAAGCAUUCUGUAGACAAGUUGUUAAUCUUCGUCCAGGAGAGUCUGCUCUUAUAACUAAUGGAAGGGUAGGUAGCUAUGAAACGUUUUGACCCAACCCCCGUCCCCCCUGGAGCCAGUGAAGGGAAGCUCUGAUAGGUGAUUAUCAAAUUUCUAGUUCAUGUCAGAUUUAAAAAGGCACCGUCGCGGGAAUUCUCGCCAUAAGUUUGUUUACUUGUGGACUAGUACUUCUGCUAGUUCACGAACUACAAGUGCAGCACCAAAGAGAUGUUCAGUGGAAGGGAGUUAACAAAGAAUUAUUAUUAGCAGUUUGUCUGACUCACAAUGGCACGUCUUGAAAAAAGCUUAUCUAAUUUUUUCAAUUUGCAACCCUUUUCCCCACCUUCUUUGAUUGUAAAAGACAACCGUGACAAGUUUCAUGAUUGCGAUUUUAGCGAGAUAGUAUUUCGCUUGUGUUUAUUUUUGCGAUUUCGAUAGGCAAAUAUGAAAAGAAGGGCAUUAAAUUUCCCGAUUCAAGCGUUCUAAGCUUCAUUUUAUUUUUCAAAAAGUCAGAAAUUUCUCAAAUUUCUAGAUAAACUUAGCCUGCGUCGCAGACACUCUAAACCUUCUGUAUAUACAGAUGGUCUAGACAGUGAUAGGUAGGCCGGCUGCAACGUAAUCUAGAUCAACACUAAGAGGCUAGAUCAAGUGGAACAAGUAAACGCAUUUAGUUGUCUACCCAUGUGUGAAAUCUUUACGAUUUCCGAUGUCCGAUGUCCGAGUUCCGAUGUCCGAUGUCUGUUAUCUGAUGUCCAAUGUACGAUGUCCAUUGUCUAUUGUCUGAUGUCCGAUGUCUGAUGUCCCAUGUUAAGUAUAUAUAUUUUCCAUUGUCUUCUGACUUCAGGUUCUUGGUCCACUUGCUGGAAAUACGCUCCUUACUGAGGAUGACUUUAAGCUUCUUGAGAGCUUUGACAUGGAUCUGUAUGCCCGAAAAGUCAGGGAUCAGGUUUGUUUUAUGUUCAGCCAUUAUAAUGGAGGACUGCAUUUACGAGCACAUACGGUGCGGCAUGCUUCAUCGUCAGUCUUCAGUGAAGAUUUAUUUUUUACUUCUGAUUUUGUCCUUUUGUGUGACUAUUAAUGUAUCAUUGGGGGCAAGUUAAAAAAAACAACAGCAAACAAACAAAUGUUUCUCGUCCGGAUUUCUAUAAAAAAGAGAGCGGCGGACGCGUUUUUUUUUCCCCGUUUUUUUCGUCUUUUUAUUAUUACCAAUUGAAUGCUUUCUUGACAAAUUAUUACUCCCCCCUUGGAUAAGUAAGAGUUAAACACAAAUUUGGUUUAUUUUGAUACAUGUUUUAAAACAGCGUGAUCCGGCGUCAUAAGAUAUAUCUCAAUAGGUAGGGUGCAAUGGGCUGAUAGCGGCUGCCACUGGCGCCCUAGUAUGCUGACGCCCGAGGUUACUGUUAACAUGUUAAUGUACAAUGUAUAACGUAAAGAGGGGGCGUCUUGUUGUCCUCUAAUCCAUGACAUUGCAUUACAUUAAAAAAGUCAAUAUUGGACUCAGUACAGUAAAAACUCGCGGAUAGGAACAUAGAUUUUUCCAACUUAGCCUAAAUAGGUUCUUAUAGAAAUGGUAUUUAGGUGGAUUUUAGGCUACUUAGGUUCUUAAUUAGGUUCUUAAUUUGAUAGGGGCACCAGCGAUCAGCACAGAUAACUACUACAGGGCAUAUGUGAAAUAUAUUGCUGUAUUGAAUAAUUAUCUAGAAUACAGUUUAGAUGAGAAACAUACAGUAAAUGUAUCUUUCCAAAGUACUAGCAUGCAUGUCCUUCAUGUUGCAGUGUCCAUAAAAUGCAGUGUUACAUUUUUGAUUCUUUGAAUCUUACUGACUGAAACCUAGACUAAAAUUUUCUCCGGCUGUAUUUUCAUCUGUGCCUUCAUUUUUGUAUAAUAAGACCCUAUUGAAAAUUUUAGGCUAAAUAGGUUGUUAUGAAAAGGGAGUCUAAAAUGAAAAUUUUAGCUUAACAGGUUGUUAAAUUUCGCGUUCUUAAACGCGGGUUUUUACUGUAUUUAAUCAGUGCUUCGUGUUAUGAAAAGUAAGGCGUGUUAAGUAAGUCUUUGGAAUAACUGAAAGUAACGCUCGUUAGGUUUUGUUCUUUCCAACUUUCCUGUUACAAAUGAUAAAAAAAGAGAGGCGGCCCCAAUAAAUAAAGCUGACGGGACGAGAAACAUUUUUUUAAAACUUGGCCUCAAGUCUGUUUUCUUCCCCUGACCACUCGCAUCCUUUUGCGGGUACUUCUCACCAAUUCUCUGCUCUCUUUGCUGUUAAACGUUUCAAUUAAGUCAUUGUGUAUAACCUUUUACCUAGCCAGUUGUAACUGGAACCACCGUGUCUUUUUUCAAUUCAAACCAUGAUAUUUUGAUAGGUUGAUGAAAUGAUAUUUGAGGAUUUGUCAGCUGAUGAUGAUACCAGGUACGGUUAACUAUUGUACCUUUCAUAUGCCGGACUCAAAUCCCUGUUAUGCUCUGUUAUGUACACGGUCCUAAUCUCAUACUCAUAUUUCUUGCUAGUUUCGUGUCUUAGUCCCUCCUUUUUAGAAAUCCGUUACUAAUCCAAUGUCAUUUAAGGCUAGAGUCUUACAGUCUCAGUGUUUAGACUUAAGGGUAUGUUCGAUUGACCUUAUUCUAGAAUGUGGAAACAUUCUUUAUUAUUGCGGAAUACAAAGGACGCGGAAGGAAGCUGCUCGCAUUGGAAGAGUUUAGAUUACCGACUGAGAGAGUCAGGAUUGGCUUUCUCGUUUCCUCCUAUAAGAAAAUAUUCUGAAGAGUUUCUUCUCUGCUCUAUGUAAAUCUUUUCAUGCAGAGUGCUUUGUCUCGCUUGUGCAAGUGCAUUUCAUUUGUGAAAAGACUACGUCCACUUUUUUCUCUGUGGUUUCAAAAACUAGCCGCGUCGCUAGAAAAAUGCCCUCAUCAUUUCGUUUUGUUCCAGGCAUUCUGCCUCCGGGGGCAAAACGCAUGGAAUAUAUUCCACUUAUUCCAUAAUUGGAAUAGCAUUCAGGUCAAUCAAACAUAUUUUCCGAGCUUUGUAUUCCUGUUGCAGAAUAAGGUCAAUUGAACGAACCCUGGGGCCACAGUCAAACUUGGAACUUUACAUGUGACGAACCUACUGUUCAUGAGCGGUUGCUUAUUAUUACGAUGGAACAUAACAAAAGCUCUUCUUUUUACAGUGAGUUUAGAAGUGACAUUAUUAUGAAGGCCUCAUCAGCGCUGAUUAGACGCGAAAAGCGAUCUCGACAGGAAAUAACUUUCAAGGGCAGUGAUCACAGGUGAGAGGAGCAUACAGGAAAUACAGUCGUGACCUUCUUUAAUACCUUUGCGGAGUAUGUACAAUCCUUUAGUUUCUGCUGGUCGUUACAAUGUAAUUUUAAUUUUGUGUAGUUCAAGUUCUGUUUUGAGGCGAUAUUAGGUUUAAUUUAAACCCUAAUCAUGCAACUAUUAGUUUAUAAAUCCAAGAGGACUUCUCGCAUGUUUUUCUAUUUAUGGCUUUGUCACUAAUGAGUUUGUGAAAAAUAACCAAGAAGCGCAUCGAAAGAGCUACUCGAAAGAGUUAUUCAUGGUUCACAUGGUCGAAAUCUGUGGACCAGCCAUUGAAGAUCAUAGAUUUCCUAAAGGGCAUUUUACAGUGUUUUUCGUUUCCGGCCACACUUAUUUCAACAUUGUUUGUUGCUGCAAAGCCAUCUAUUAGUACGACUUACAGACAAGUUGUGUUAUGUUGCUUGUUAGUGUCAUGGGCAUCAAGCCGAAGCAGGAAGGCGCCAGUUUUGAUAUUGUAGUUGUUGUGGAUCCCCUGUCGAAAGGUAACAACGCUACACCUUUCUUUAGUUGGACAAAUUUUUUUACAGUUUUAGUAAGUUUGGUUUCAGGUUAAUCUCUUACCUGUACUGUCAUUGCUUUGAUAGGAAACAUAUCAUUCGAACAAGUUUAUUUCUACCAAUUUAAACUUUCAAGAAAAACAUGAAAUCAGAUAUUUAGCUGGAUUUCAUCAUGUUGGAAGUUAUUUUUUAAUACGUUAAAUUGCGAUGUACCCUCCACCCUAUUCUCCCUGAUCAUCUACAAUUUGUUUAUAUCUGUCCUUUUUAUUUUCCUCUCCUGUGUUUUUGUUUGUAGCUGCCCAGAAAAUUGCCCCUAUUCUCAUGGUAAGUGUCAAUCGUAUCAGCAGUUUCUGUUUAAGUAGUUCUCACUCUUUUUGGCCCAGUAGGUUAUUCCCGUGUAGAACGAGGCUGGGGACCUGUCCCGCCUCCAGGCCUGUACUUACAUGUACUUACCGCCCAUGGUUUGUCUUAGUGUGUACCAAGUGAUAAUGGCGCCUGGAAACAAGGCGAUAAUGUAACGUGACAGAAUGUUCUGGUGAAGAUGUACCGGUAGCAAACUCAAUAGUGCUUUGAACUAGACCUACUGACACAGGCUAACCGAUAUCCAAUCUGAUUGAGCACCAGUUAUUAUUAUUAUUAUUAUUAUUAUUAGAUGUAAGUGUCAUGAGCCCGACUGCCUACAUAAAUGUAUUUUUCCUUACCUAAGGUACUUCAAAAUGCUACAAAUGUUAACGUCAAACUAGCGAUGAAUUCGCGUGAGAAGCUGUCAGAGUUGCCCUUAAAUCGCUUUUACCGUUAUGUCCUGGAACCUUACGUCUCCUUUAAUGAAAACGGCGCCAUGACAGAAGGGCCAUUUGCCAUGUUCUCAGACAUGCCACAGUCGGUACUACUUACAAUGGGAAUGGAUACUCCUCUUGGAUGGAUGGUGGCAGCCGUGUAUUCACCUUAUGACUUGGACAACAUCAGGUUAAGGGAGGUAAGGAUGAUAGACUACAACAACCGAAGAGAGGGUGUCCGAAUGGUCAGUGAGCUGGAAUUGCAAUCUGAGGUUCUGGGAUUUAAGUCGCUUGAACUGGAAGAUUUUCUCGGUACAUGUAGGCUAUGUCUACUCCUCCAGAGACCUUGUAUAAUAACCUGCUAGUUGGAUUCUUAUUGUUGUUAGGACGGUGAACAAGUGACUGACUUCUACAGCAUUCUUCUUCUAAUUCUCACCUCGCGGCAAUGACUUUUUUUCAUCCCUCCAUUCCACUUAUUCACUUUUUUACUGUUCCUCACUCGCUUUGUUUCGUUAACAUUUUUGUGCUGAGCAUUUGGUUUUUGUUUAUUGAGAUAUUUUGAGUGUGUUAUAUCUUGAUAUGCUGUUUUAUUGGCUGUUUGUCUGUUCUAACCUUCUCCCCCUAAAAAUUUGUGCAGUAUUUACAUCCCUACCUCCCCAUAACGCCAAGCCCUUUACAACAAACAGUUAUCUCCUUUCCCAAAGGGACUGUUGUAGUGAGGUUCGAAAGGUGUUUGGGCUUGUUACAACUGAUACAGAAAAGAAGGGAAACAAGUAUAAAUCCCCUCUCGCAGAAAAGGAAGAAAUACAUAAGGUGACAUAACCUCAUCACGUGCUUGUCCUUCAUAUUACUCUUUUAUUAAUUCUUCAUCAUAGUCUUUUUCUGAUUUUAGGUGGAGAAUCAAGUAAUGGCCAAAUUUGAGUUGGAAUAUAUCUUUAUCGAAGGUACAGUUGCCUGUCGGGGAAGUUUUGAAUCCGUUUUAAUUUUUUUUUUUAAGGGUACAUACAUACAGUUAAAAGCAAUUUACCACAGCUUCCUUUGAUCCAACUAAUUGGUAAAAUGCUUACAAUUAAACUCCUAGCGAUUCUGUUGCAGGCCACUGCUCUGAUUUUGACACCAGACAGCCCCCAAGGGGACUGCAGUUUACACUUGGCACUCCAACCAAGCCUGUUAUGUUUGACACAAUUGUUAUGGCAAACUUGGUAAGAGCGGAAAUGUUGAAGAAAAGUAUUCUUUCAUAGUUAUAAACGUUUUAACAGAUCACUUUAGAUACCCGUCCUUUACAGUUAAAAUUUCACAUAAUUUCAUGGUUGGGGUUUUAAGAUCAGAACCAUUUGACGAUUAACAGUUAGAACUGUGUCUGGUUAAUUUGUGUUAGAUUCUUUGCCGUUAUUGACUUGCUCUUCAAAAUAGCUGAGUAUUUAUAAAAUGUUGUUUGCUGAUGUGACGGUAUAUACAAUUUGCUCACGCACAUUGUUCCUGGUCUUUCCAAGUUCUACAGGUACCCCUACCAUUCUAACUUACCAUUUUGUUUUUUUCAUCUAAUUCAGGGAUACUUUCAGCUAAAAGCUUAUCCAGGGGCGUGGUCACUUAGCGUGAGAGAGGGAAGAUCAUCUGAAAUCUAUGACAUUGAAAGGUACCACUUCUAUUUCUUACUGUUAUAACAAUAAAGUAACCCAACAAAGAGUAACCAGUCAGUGAUUCUUUUUAAUUGUCUAGUGUUUCUGGUAGCAUCAAAGAGGAUAAACAUUUCACAGUUGUAGUGGACAGUUUUAUUGGAAAACUAAUGAAAGUAAAGGUGAGGGUACCUCUACAGAGUUAUUCGCUUUGGUAAAUAAUGACAGACACUCGGUGAAUAUAAGAAAAGGCAACAUUCAUCAUGUGACGAUCAAGCGCCAAAUAUGCGAUGGGUUUUUUAACCCAUGGGAUCCUGUCAGGUACUCCGAUUUUGUCUUAGUCUCACGGUCGUGAAAUUACGAAUCUUACGUCUGUCUCAUUAGCUUUUGUAUAGUGAAAUUGUGUUUAUAUGGUGUUUACUUUUUUAAUGAAAAAACAUUCUUUUCAAUAGCUUCUGGUUUCUGUCCACAUGUACUUAGAGUAAUUGCAUUGCUGAGUGCUCACCCGACCUAUGAUUUGUACUAAAAUGUGGUUGUGUACUUAGGUAAAGAGAAAACCUGGAAUGGAAGGAAGAGAUCUUCUGGGUGAUUCAGACGCUCAGUCAAGAGGCAUAUGGGAUUCUUUGUCAAGGUAAUGUUACUACACCUUGUAGAAAGAGAUAUAAAUAUUUUUCCAUCUGUAUGGGCGGUCCACAUGGCUUUCGAGCAGUUUCGUUUGGGAGAGGACGCUGUUUUCAGGUGUUUCUUGCUGUAAAAAUUGUGAUUGUAAUUGAUUGCAUUUAUUUGUGGUUAAAUAGCUAGGGGUCGAUAAGCAUUGAUUAGUUUAGGGCUCGAGAAAAGUAAAAAAAGUAAAUUUGUAAAAAAAAAAAACACUCAAAAGAACUGUCUAAUACCUUUGUGAUUUUUAGUUGUGUGAAGUCGUUAAAAGUUUGCUACAGUUACGAAGUAACGUCAACGACAAGAAAAUCUUUGUCUUUUCUUUGCCUGCGAGCAAGCUCUCUCGGCUUUUCCCCCUCGGACCUGGAAGUUGGGCGGGGGGAGGGGUUACUAGAGGACCCGCCCCCUAAGCCGAGCUCAGAGAUCGUCAAGUGGGCUAAGUGGGCUUUCUCGCCAGCCAGACAUUUUUAAACAAACUUUAUGUGCUAAUUUUGUCUCAGUGGUUGAUGUCAUAUUUACUGUUCUCGUGCUACGUUUGUUUUAGUGCACACUAACACUGGUGGUUUUCUUCAUUUAGUAUCGUCGGAAGUGACUCCAAGGAGAAAGCCUCCGACGACGAGACUAUCAACGUUUUCUCUGUUGCAUCUGGGCAUCUUUAUGAAAGGUUCUUGAGGUGCGAAAUGAGCAAAAUUUUUUUUUAUUAUUCCUUACAACACUGCCUUUAAAACACAUGAUCAACUCAUUUUUACAUAUAGCAAAUGAAAACUCCAUUAAAACACCCCCCCCUCCCCAAUCAUCCUGUACUUUAAUUCGGUGGUGAAUUUUUGAAAAGUGAUCAUUCCGCUUGUUUUUGUAAACUUUAGUUGGGGACCAAACUAAGAAACAUUUUAAACUUUUUUACCGCAGAAUUAUGAUGUUGACCGUCAUUAAAAAUACCAAGAAUCCUGUUAAGUUUUGGUUCUUGAAGAACUACCUCUCACCUACUAUAAAGGUAAAGUAAGUUAUAACGCUAUCACGCGUACCUUGAUUUUUGAUAAUUUUUAUUUUCAUUUUUCGAGGUUUGUUCUGCUUUCUUGAUUUGAUGUAAAGGAUUUUUGGCUAAUUGAAAGCCAAGCUUACCUGAUAUUUGGAGGAAAUCUCUAUUUUUUGUCGUGUUAACAUGUUGUCACCUUUUCUUACAAGGCCUUUCUACCACACAUGGCAGAAGAAUAUGGUUUUAAGUAUGAACUUGUGCAGUACCACUGGCCACAUUGGCUGCAUGCUCAAACGGAAAAGCAGAGGAUAAUUUGGGGGUAAGUAUGUCUUUUUUCAUCAGAGCCAGUGACUUGGUCUUAAGUGAUCGUUAUUAUGAUCCGUUGCAGUAGAGUCAAGCCAUUUUCUCAUUUGAUUACAUUCACGUAAAGUAUGAGGUGUGGACUCUAGAACUAAUAGGUGGACUUCUUUCAAAUAUAAUCCGAUUAGAAUUCGAUCAUAAUUGUGAUUAACGCCUAAUGUAAACUGUAUUCCUCCGAUAAAGCUUAGAAAUUUGUGUCCGUCUUAGCAUUUUUCACCAUUGAAUUUGGCCCGGUUCAAACGUCGAACGUUUCAUGUUCUGAACCUAAUCCCUUCAAUUAAGUACAUGAAAAGAUCGACGUUUGAAUCAAUCAAGUCCGACAUGUCUUUUGGGUCGACCCUGAAUUAAGAUGUGGAGCGACUUCGUUUCAAACGUCGAACUUCUCAUAUGCCGAACCUAAUGCAAACUUACUAUAAUUUAUUUUCACUGGUAAGCAUUGUAGACCAUUGUACAUGGUGAAAGUGAAUUUAGCCUAAAUUCGACGUCGAAAUCAAGCGUCGAAUUUGUAUCAUUUGGGUCGACCCAAAUAGGUAUCAAGUGUGGCACAUGAAAAGUUUGACGUUUGAACUGGGCGUCAGUUAGGUCAUUAGUAUCGACGAUAAUUAUGAAAAUGGAAGUUACACAGUUUGCCGUUAAAAUGGAAAAUGACUUUGUUAUAGGUUCAUGAAGAUAUACAGAUGUCAAGACAUUUGAUAGUGUCCCGUUACUGGCCUGUUAGUUACUUGCAUAAAGUUUUUAUCACUGUGUUUGUUACUGCUAUAAUUCAGUGUCGUCAUUAAUUUUGUUUCAGGUACAAAAUUUUGUUUUUGGAUGUACUCUUUCCCCUCCAUGUCAAGAAAAUCAUCUUUGUUGAUGCAGAUUUAGUACGUAUCUCUCUAUCAACAUUCAGUUCUCUCCCAAAUUGCGUAGAGUAUUAUAGCCUGCAUGCGAUCAGGUGGUCCUUUUUCCCUUUUUUUCUUUACCGUCCGCCGGCUGUUACCCCCCUUGAAAGGCAAAAACAAAACAAAAAGAAAGCCUGAUCGCAGGUUAGGACUAUUGCACUUGUUAGUUUCAAACAGGAAGGUGAAAGUGAAAUGUGCCGAUAUUCAAUAUUUGAGUUAGGCAUUUCAAGCCUUAGUUCUUAAGUGCUACGGUUAGAACACUUGAUAUAACAGCAGUUGGUUAAUUCCCGAUACUACUGUGACUAUAACUCCAGUCUGCCACAUGUUUCCUCUAUCUCAUCCACUCUCUAAAGGCCUCUUUACAUGGAGGUGAGCGACCCCAUGUAGGCGAGGUAACCCGCUAAGGUGGGGUAACCCGCCCGUCCAUAUAAUGUAUCAUUUUAAUUUGAUAUCGUUUACAUGAUAAGUGGGGUGACCGGCCAAGGCGGGUAGCCUGGUCUGCCAGACCGUGUUACCCUCUCAGCAGGAGUCAAAUUUUGUCGUGUAAACGUUUCAAGAUGGGGUAACCCGCCUAUCCGGGGUCGGAUUCGCGAUACUGAAUUCCCGCAAAAUUCACUUUAGCGGUAGCUUUCCAUCAUUAUUAAAGGUAACAAUAGAAAGCCACAGCACUGAAGGUUGCAGCAAGAGCAGCAAAUGAGUGUAGAAGAGCAUUAAUCAACAAAAAAACGUGGUUUGCUAGCAUUUUUCUUGUUUACGUGCUUGGCGACCAAUCAAUAAUCUUGAGAAAGUGCACCCCGGGAUGGCGGGGUUGUAAGAUUGCGUGUAAAGGAGGGUUAUUUUUUACCCCACCUAAGGGGGUUACCUCACCUAUCUGCCUCACCUUCAUGUAAACAGGCCCUAAUGCUAUUUAUAGCCUUCAAAUGAAAAUGGAAAGGUGUGGACGGGUCUUAAGAUACAAUAUUAUACGGGCAUGCACUUAUUACCAAUCACUAAGUAACACCUGGAUUUUCUCUGGUUUCUAGAUUGUUCGAGCAGAUUUAAAGGAGCUUAAUGAUAUCGAUUUAUAUGGUGCACCCUAUGCUUACACUCCAUUCUGCAGCAGUCGCAAGGAGAUGGACGGUUUUAGGUAUGAUCAAUUAUUUCUUGGACUGUUAGAGAUUACUCUUCCUUCGGGCCUGAAGUUUACCGACAGCUUUGGGUGACGAACGAACUGUGAAUUCCAAAACUGCUUGAAAAGGUUUUAGUAAGAAAAGGAAACGAAAGGCGAUGCUCUCUUCUUUUAGACUGAACUGGACUUCAUAUGAAAGAGCUGAUCUUAGGCGUGGUUUAACCUUUGUUAAGCCAAAUUUUAAAGCGAAGUUUACUUGUCAAGGAGCGCGCAUCUUUAACUUUAAAUUAUUUAUGCUAAACCUUUACUGCGAGAUCCAGUAAUAGUAAGACAAAGUGUCACUCUGGACCGCGGUCCACUAUCGUGGAAUUAACUUUUAACCCUGCAUUAACGCGCUAAUCGGUCUUUGGGCAGGACCAGGCCCUGUUCAACAACGAAUUCCUUCCGCGUUUGACGUAAUCGUUGGUUUGAACGCAGGUGAAAUCGUCGUGGGGAAAGCACCCGUUGUCCUAGAUACUUCAGUCUCUGCUUUGAUGUUAGCGUCUCGUUUCUUGUUUUCUGCCAGGUUCUGGAAUGUUGGCUACUGGAGAAGUCAUUUAGGAGGACGGCCUUAUCACAUCAGGUGAGAGAUUUAGCGACACAAAUCAUAAAAGACCGAGGUUUAGGUGUUUUCAUUUCACUUUCGCGGUAUGCGCGUAGUCUUAAAGGGUGUUAAAACUAGUACUGAUUUCAGGAGCUAUAGAGCGUUUUCACUCGCGUGGCUAGCAACUAUACAAAUUUAUUGGAACAAAAGAAAGUUUUUACAUAGGAAAAAGGUUGGUUCAACUCCCCACAGGAUUGGUUUGGGACACCAACAUGGCCGCCGUCUCAUUGUUUCGGGACACCAAUAUGGCGGACGUGACGUCAGAUGAAAACAGUCUAUUAAAUGCAGGAAACAUGCAGUGGCGACUGCAACUUCGGUAUUCUCAAGGUUAAGACUGUAUUAACCUUAAGCACAAAGGGAACGUUGUAAUUACAUUGGAGGAUCUAAUGGGUGUCUUUGGAGAAAGAGAGCCUUGUUUUGACGAUUUUCUUUUCUCUUUGUGUAGUGCACUGUAUGUUGUUGAUUUGGAUCGAUUCAGGCGCCUCGCUGCUGGUGACAGACUCAGAGGUCAAUACCAGGUAAGGCUGGGCAAACUGAUUAUACUGACAUGCUUAAAGAAUGUCCAGCUCCUGUUUUCUAAGAGAAAUGCCCCGGGAACAAGGUUUUCCUUUUCCCUUAUGUUUUGACAGCAGAAUAUUCCCGAUCACCUCCCAAGACAUCCAAGAUUUUCUGGAUUAGAGUUUUGAAAGUAACGCUAGGAUUCUAUUAUCGAUAUACGAUGCUGAUAGCUCGUUUGUUGUGUUUUGUUUUUUCUAGGGCUUAAGUCAAGAUCCAAACAGUCUUUCAAACCUUGAUCAGGUGAGGUUUUCCGUUUUUCUAAGUGGUUUCAUUGCUGUUGUAAGUAAUACCGAACAGUGCAGAAUAUCCCGCUUAAAAGUUAACUAGAAGCGCGUGACUGUGGCCUAGUUUGAGCACAACUGAAAGAAGACACUAGUUCUGCCGUGGAGAAAUUCUAAGGUGCUAUUAGCCAGUUUAGUCGUUUGUUACCUCAGUUUUGCCGUUUUAACUUUUAACCGCGUGUACUCUUUCAGGAUUUGCCCAACAACAUGAUUCAUCAAGUUCCCAUCAGGUCCCUACCUCAGGAGUGGCUUUGGUGUGAAACAUGGUGUGAUGAUGAAUCCAAAAGCAGAGCUAAAGCUAUUGACCUGGUACGGAUCACAAACUAAUCUUUUUAACUUUUAUCGACCGAGUUAAGUUACAUGAUAGUGUACAGUAUAUUGAACAAAAUUUGCAGAUGAGAGCAACGUACGUAGUCAUAGCCUGGGCCAUCUUUUCGAAGCGUCCGGAAAUCUUUGUCGUUUGCAAUAAUUAUCUUCAAUUUCAAACUGUGGAUAAUUUGAAGUCUCAAUCAGGACUCCACGUGAGGUAGCGGUUUGAGAUCGAUGUAGUAAGCCACGCGCAUUCACACAUGUACACAAAGUCGAAUAUACAAAAUAACGUUUAUUAUAUACAUACUGAGAUAUACUCACCGAAAAGCUAUGUCGUAAAUUUUCAUACGCAAAUGAGUUCUAGCCAAUCAGAAGGACGAACGAUGUUUUGCACACAUGAAAAAAUGAUACGUCCAAUCAGAAGCCACAGGUGUGUGAGUUUCGCGCCAAAAGUAGUGCUUUUUAUUGAAACUACUUUAAUUUAGACUUAAGCUUAUAUUCAAACCAGCCAUUUUAUAAAUGUGCAUUCAUGACAAAAAGUUAAUUUUACAGUGCGUGUAAUUCUUAGAUUACUCCAUAUCCGAUACCGAUACCGCCGCCUGGUUAGCUCAGUUGGGAGCGCCGGUCUGCCGAGCGGAAGGUCGCGGGUUCAAACCCCGGCCGGACCAACACUCAGGGUCUUUUAAUAACUGAGAAGAAAGUGCUGCCUUUGUAAUGACAUCUGCAAAUGGUUAAACUUUCUAGUCUUCGCGGUAAGGACGAAAAACCGUAGGUCCCGUCUCACAGCACUUUCACUGAUUUGUUCUUGUGGGACGUAAAAGAGCCCAGCUAGUCGAAAAGAGUAGGGGUCGUAGUGGUCGGUGGUGUGGCCAACCUUUACGGGUUGUGGGAUUGGGUAGGGAUGGCACCGCGCAUGGGACCUGAGUCCUGUUCGUGCACAUUCCCUCUGGGCAGGCCUGUGUCCAGAAAAGCUAGUAAAUAUCCUUACCCUCAUUACAUUUUUAACAAACGUUAGCCCUGGCUAAAUCUAUAUAUUUGAUAUAUUAUUUCAUUUGUUUUUUCCCUAGUGUAAUAAUCCAAUGACUAAGGAACCAAAACUUGAGAGUGCUGUACGCAUAGUGAAGGAAUGGCCUGAUUACGACAAUGAAAUCAGAAACCUGCAAGAAUCUGUGGCCGCUAAGAUGGCUUCGGCAAAAUCACAAACAGCUACGCCAAGCGGUUAGUAACCAUUUAAACUUCAUUCGAAACAAAUUUUCUGGUGGAACGGGAAGGUUAAUGUUCUUUUUUAUUUUUUCACCAAUGUGGCGAUAGUGGUAAAUUUACUGUACGAGUUCAGGUAAUGGUUUCAAGCAAUGAAAGUGUAAACACAAUACCGUAUUAACAGCUUUGCAAAGUUCACCGACUGUUGUGGCUACAUUGAAGAGGAGCUUUCGGGUCGUCUGUUUUUUAUGCCAGAACCACUGUUUGGUGAUUUGCCUUAUUUUAUUAGUUGAGAAAAUCUCUUUCAACUCUUUGAUAAAAGGCAAAAAUUUUAUUUUUUUAAUUUUUCGGACGACGACUCGAAAUGUUUUUGAUGAUUGUGAUUAACUCGAAAAUACUAGGUUACUGUGGACUCAACCGCAAGAAGAGUCUCUGUGGAUUCUUGGGUUGGUGAUUGGAAUACAUUUUAUUCGUUGAUAACGAAUUGCAUUCAAUUGUUUGAAAAAAAAGUUGCACGAAAAAACAUGAGAAAACAUGCAGAAAUCGUCUAGUGACGUUGUUUUCCCUUCAAACCUUCUUCAUCAGGUGUUAUUUUUCUUGCCCAACGCAAAAAAGCAGUCAACUCAAUUGUCAGUGUUACGGUCUUUUGCCCAUCUUCCAAGGGUAACUGCUUAAGAUUUGUGCGGCAGGUUUGAUUGUAUUUCGAUGCUUUUUUCCCACAGAUUCUUCAAAUCAAGCAAAGGAUGAGCUUUAGUUUUUUUUAAUUCUCUAUAACUCCAGCAUUCACGUCGCAGACCUGGGAAACAUUUAAUAAUAUCAAGAUGACGUCUAACUUCGUGUUCCAACGACUCUUUACUCUUUCACUGCUAGAACCGAACAACGUCACCGAACAUUUUCCACAAUGACAAAAGAUAUCUCAUAUUUUGAUAAAAAGGUAUAUGAGUAUAAAGUAUUUCAUGCAGAUUUCUUUCAGUGUAAUAGAAACUAUUAUUUUCUAGGGUAUUCUAUCGUUGUAGAAAUGUUAAUGAAUUUUCUUGAAAAUGUUUUGUAGUUUCCUCAAAAUCAUAACCCCGGGGACCCACCUUAACACCUCUCCAUGGUCUCUGAACCCACCAGGCUCAGUAUUUCAGUGUUUCUCUGUAGAGGUCAGGGUUCGAAUCCUGGCAAGCCUGAAUUUUUCAGGCUUUCUUUUCGCAACGGCGUUGGUUAAAUGCGUCUUUACUGCGAUGAUCUUCCUUGCUUUUAUUUAUGGCCCUGUUACACAUUGAAGUUUUAAGGUAACUAGCGAAGCAUGCGCGGGAAUAGUUUUUUAAAGUAACGAUCUGGGUAACACGGAAAGCCAUUUCUAUGGUUAUGUCGCCAUACGCGUUCCUCACAUAGGAAUAUUUUUCAUUUUUACCUAGAGAAUGCAUAAACCUACAAAAAUGCAGUUUACGAAAUAAAAUGUAUUUAAAGACCAUUUUUAAAGGGCGUUUUUUGUGUUAAAAGAUUUCGGCAAAUCAUGAGAGUUGCAAACAAUAGCCAAGAAAAGUUUACAAUUUACAUGUUCCUCAUAUAGGAUUUCUGUGUUAGUUAGACUCAGACGAGAUUAAUAUACAUGCGGCUUUGCGAAGAUUUGGUAAAAUUUGAUGUUUAACCAAUCAGAAAUUUAGUACAGACAGCAGUAAAGUUAGCACCUUUAUGCAUUCCGACGCGUUCAUUGCGUUUGCUUCUUUCCUUCUUGUCUGGACCAUUACUUAAAGUAUAUUGACUUUUUGGCAAAGCCAGAAUUGGGCACUAGUGUGGGCCAAGGCAAUGUUCACACUUAGACUACAAGUAGUCCCCAUUUUUCCUCAGGGAUAGUAGAGCAAGCGAAACGCGAGCGCGCGUGAAAAUCACCCCACGCGGCAAAAGCGAGACACCAUACCGGAUAGGGCUUCUGUUCACACACAACAACGGUGAUUUCUCUGGCGCGAUUUCUGUAACAGAGCAAAGCUGUGCCAUGGAGAUCUCGACGUUGGGGCGUCACAUAUCGGAUAGGUUCUGUGCCACACUAGUGUGAACUGGUAUUCGGACCGUAGUGGAAAAUAAUUUGGAGCGAGAACUGGGACCCACUGAGACGGAGGUAAAUAUUCAGAAGUUAGCAUGGGGAUUAAGAGAACCAAACCCUCUCGGCCAACCGCCUCAGAACGAUGUUCCAUGUGUGUGAACGACUUUUUCCAGAUCUGUGCCGUUGCUGUUCAUGCUACGGCCGGAUCGCUUUUUGUGCCUGCACGAAAAUCAUCCGGUUUAGCCAGUGAACAUGGUCUAAA